GCUCCGUUCUUCAAAAGGCCUUACUGCCAGAGACGAAAAUCCGUGAGGUAAGGUGAGGUGUGACAUUUUUAGGGUCGACCUUUUCUAACCACACCCCUCCUUGUGGGAAGGUAGCACCGCUGCAGAUGCUGGUUGUCCGAGGGAAACACCUUACUGCUGUCACACCUCUGUACAGUCAGCAGUACGACUUCGCCCUCAGACCUUGAGUUGCUGCUUUUAGUCUUACCGUUCUCCAACCGACCUGCCUGGCAUGGUAGAACCUACAGGAACAUAUGUUCCAGCCAAUAUAGCUCGGUUGGGUCAUCACGAUCGGCAAGCUCGACCUUCGCGUCAAGGUAGCAGCUUCAGUCGGGAAGGAUAGGGAUACACGUCGUUGCUUUUUCGUCAUUUCUGCCUACGCUCCCACUGACUGCAGUCUGAAUGGAAUGAAAGAUGACUUUAACAGAAAGCUUUCUGAACUUCUUCAUAAAAUUAAAUGCUCAGGUAUAAUACUCGUAGCAGCUGACUUUAAUGUUCAGGUAGGUAGCUUAAACCAAACAGAAAGACACUUAGGUGGAUAUUUUAGCAUUCCGGCUCAGUGAACAGAUAAUGGUGAUCGUCUUCUGCAACUGUGCUUAGACAAUCAUACAUUUUUUAGCAAGCAAUAAUUUUAGGCGUAGGUAGAGAUAUCGUCUAACAUGGUGACCCCCUGCACCAAACCAACGAUGGACUCAAAUAGACCAUAUUGCCAUCAGUCAACGUUGGAGAGGCUCAAUGGAAGACUGCUGCUCGUUCUGGAAUACAUGUUUAAACUUAGACCGAUGAAUAUAUGUGCCUGAUCCUACUGUGUAGCCGACUAACUGACUGAAAAAUUUAUCAACCAGACGGAUAGUGUUUGGGACUUCUUUUCUUCCUAUUGUUUGUCUCCGCACGGUCGUCUAUUUCCGGUCACUCAGAACAGCCACAUCGAGACCAUUUAGAACUGUGACAGUUUUAUCCGUGUCUUCGAGUACCACUUUAGAAUCACGACCUCGAAUAUUCAGUUACAUUUCACUGUUUAUUUUUUCACGGGAGAUUUUCCUUUUCCAUAAUUCGCAGUCAAGUGUUUGACUCGAACAGCAAAUAUACGAAGCCAAUGAGAGUUAAGCUUCGAGAAUCUAUUGUAUGCGGUGGGACUUAAACUGAUACAUAUCUUGUGGAACUGGUUUUACACAUUACAUUGCAUUCGUUUCUCCACAGGUAAGAAACAAUUUGGCUGUCCCUGUUUAUAAGUACAGCCGACCAUUGUAAACGGAUUGCAAGAGUGAAACAUUCAAUGAAAAUACACAAUGUAAUCAAUAGUGUGAGGAUAAAUUAAAAAUGAGUACUACAAAACGGAUUUGAAUAAGAUUUCCAACGUUAACCGAAAUAAUUCAUGUUAAAGCAGACCAAGUAUUCUUUAUAUGCAAUAAACGCACAAAGCAAAGUCAAUUCACGACAAGUACGAAAUCAUUACCCCUUUUUAAAAAGCAUUGUCAUUAUUGGUGACUAAUAGAGAGUUUCUUUCCCUUCUGAAUAUCUGUUAAAUUCAUACUCAUGGUCCUUUAAUAAGGUCUCAACAAUAUUGUCAUAUGUAGUUAACUUCCAAAAUAAAUAUGGUGUUUUACUGCUGUCACUUGUCCUGUUGUAUCUUCUCUUUUUAUUGAACUAAUGAAUUUUCUCCGAAUCAAUAAACGUCCCAACACAAUUAAUUUGUGUGAUCAUUUGAUCAAAAUUAUCUGCAUAUUACAAAAUAUGUUGCACUUUCUCCUCCAGACCACCUAAAGAAACUUCGCGCUACAUCGGCUUCGACGAAUGAACUACUAGACAUUUUGAAAAACCUUACAUCUUUAUCGGGUCUACAAUACAAUAAUGAAGCCUAUCGAUUUGUUGGUCAUGAUUCUGCGCCAGUCAAGCCGGAAAUGGAUAUAUUUAAUUCCAAUACCCGUACUAAGAAUAUGUUCGGCGAUUCACUUCCAGAUGCUGAUGUGAUUUCAAAUAAUUUUCAGUCCAUUAAAAGACAGUACCUAGAACUGGUCAGCAAUAAAUUUGUAUCUUCACUUGCUACUGAUUGUGAUUCAAUAAUUAAAGGAGUUGAUAGUAAUCAUGUUCCUUUGCGUGAAGCGGCAGUACAGACGUCGAUUGGUCAACUUUUUAUCGCAACAAUCCUUCACACAUCCUUUAACGAAGAUGACCGCAAAUGGUUACUGUCAUCUAUUCGAAACAAAUACAAGGGAUUAUCUAAAGAAACCAGUACAUUAGUAAAACAGGGUCCUACGGAUGAUGGGCUUUGUUCAAAAUUGUUUGACUGUCUGAUCGAUCUUGGUUUGGAUCUUUCCUGUGCUUUACAACGUAUAACAUCAGUGAUAAUUUUUUCAGGUUAACAAGUUAAGCGUUGAUGAGCUCACCACGUCGGGUGCUAAAACGUCUUGAUACGAUAGACAAUCAAACUCCAAUUGAUAGGAGAGUGAACGACUUCCAAUCGCUUACAACAUCUUUUUACGUUCAUUUCGUAUUACUUUUUCGUACAUAAGUAUAUUAUCUCAUUGCAUCGAAAAACCUGUUCUCCUGGAGUCUAUGCCAAGAAAACGUCUAUACAAGCUUGAAUUUUUCAGUUUAGUUAGCGGGCUGGGGAGAGGAUGGAAACGGUCUCAUUCAGUGUCGGAGUUGCAAAUUACUCACUUAUUACAGAAACAUUGGUUUUUGUCAACGUGCGUCACUUGUCACAUAGUCGAGAUAUCCGUCUUUCAACGAAAGGGUGAGUUUACUGCGCAGCAGUUCGCACCGUCCUACAUUAUGGAUUUGAAAUAUGUUCAUUCAGAAUAGAGGGUAUUCAUGAGCUUCUGCUAUUGGAUCAUAGGUGUUUACCAAGUAUUGCUCUUGUAUUUGGGGACCAUGGAGUAAGCUACGUUUGGGUUAGGGAUAAACUACUAGAUACAGGUGGGAAAUCGAUUUAUGAGGUGGUAAGUCAUCCACUGAGAUAGUUGGAACAUGUUCUACGUAUCUCCAACCAGCGCCUACCUUGGUGGGUGAUAUUUUCUGGUGUAGGAGUACACUGGAAGAAAGGUGGGGGCGGCCAAACCAAACACACGGCACUAGUCCAAAAAGUUAAUAACCAUUGGACUGAACUAUGUUAAAAGAUGUAGACUACUUGGUUGGGGUCUACAUGAUUAUCUUAACCAACGGUUAGGGACUUUGAAUGGCAUGGAUCAAAAUCGUUUGUAAUGGCACAAAUUCACUCAUUCAUUGUCUUCUCACAAACUCUGAGCUUCUGAAUUCCUCAUAGCGUCUUUGUAUUUUCAUUCCACUAAAUUAUAUUUUCUUGAAUCGUAUCUCCGAUGCCUGAUCUUUCCUAUUACCACUGAUACUGUUAAUAUCUCUACUAUUCUGGGACUCGAGCUGACGAUUUCAUCUUGGUGUUAGUUAGGGUAUGGCAUUUUGAACCAAUGUACAUUCGUUUAGGUCCUACGUUGUGACUAACUGACUGCAGAAACAUAUCACUUUUAUUAUCAAAUAUUGUAGCUUCAAGAACAAACAUACCUAUAAUCCUUAUUCUUACACAAAAAUUUUCUAUAUUGUCCAAUUCAUUGUUGUUCGCUCGACAUAGUUAUGCUUUAAUCAGGCUGAAAUAAUCAGUCAAUAACAAGUUAUUUUGUCAACAUUAUUAUCAAUCUAAUGGAAUAUUCGCAUUCACGAUCGUUUCUUUAUUGUCUUAAUAAUUCAUUCUUCACUUUUACCUCAAUUUUUCAGAUUCGUCAUCACAUUCAUUGACUUCUUCCGGGUUCUUAUCAGGUUGUGGUGGUUCAGAUAGUCAAUACGAUCUACUCAUGGAGGCUUCUAAUUCUGGAUCACACUCAGGCAAUCAUAACAAUGGUAUGAACACUACAAAAGCAAAUUAUGGUGCACUAUUAACCGUUCCGAAUGCUGAAGUUAAAUCUGGUUUAUCAAACAAUUUUUAUAGCAAUCAUCCCUACUGCCCUUAUCCACUAAGUACAUCAUCUCACUUUUCAUAUAGAAGAUUAUCUGACAUUCCUAGGGUAUCUAACUACCAUUCUUUACACUCUUCACAAUACCAUACUCAAAUAUCGUCAAAUAAUAAUGACCAAGAAAAUAAAACAUCGGAAAUUGCCGAUCUAGGUACAAAUCAGAACUUUUUUACAACCAAGGAUUUUAAUGAUUUGACAACAGUUAGUUCAUCUAGCCCUCUUACGUCCAUUCGAAACUCAAUCGCUGAUACAAAUUGCGGCAAGACUAAUGUAUCUUCAAAUGUUAUUCACCAACAAAGGGUAUCCACUUGCACACUAAGUGAUUCAAGCUCAAUCUCAUCCAGUAAUACAGACCUUGGUGUUUGUAUUCCUCACUCACCUACAUCAAUAUUUUUGACUUCCACAUCACCGGAACUUGUAAAAAGUCGUGAGAAUAUCGUUACGUAUACUAGCGAUUCUUCUCUUCAGUUUCCUACAGGAGCCAAUGGUCAAACUGUCUCUGAUAAUCGUGAAUCCCUGUCAAAUCAACGUUCCGAUUUCGUGAAUGAUCAUUAUCCAUCAUCACAAACCCAUCUUUGUCAACAGCUACAUGAUCAUUUUUCACCGAAUUUCCCUGAAGUCCAAGAUAAACCAUCUCAUUCUAUAAUUCCAAGGAAUUCGAAUAAGUUAAUAAAUUCUACUGACAUGGAACGUAAUACAUAUUGUGUCACCGAUGAGAAUAAUUUCUUAAAUCCAUCCUCUGGAAUGACAGCUGUCCCAUUCUGGCUAAAAAGCUUACGACUGCAUAAAUAUGCCAGUCUAUUCCAAAAUUUGUCAUAUGAGAAGAUGAUGAAUAUCACUGAUGACUGGUUGAAGGAGCAAAAUGUAACACAAGGAGCAAGAAAUAAGAUUCUAUUAAGUAUUGAGAAAUUAAAGCACAGAAAAUCUACUUUAUGUUUAAUAGAAAAAUGUCUUUCUGAUAUACGAUCGACAGAUCAACUAACACAAACCAUGUUACAUUCAUGUUUAACUGAAAUUAAACAUAUUCUAUUCACACCAAUUAAACCGUGUCACGAAACAAUCAAAUCACAUUCUUUGCAUUUAAAUCAAUUUAAUUGUUGCUCGUGCUCUUGUUCACCGACUGCAUCUUCAUCUUCUAUCUGUUCUUCAAUUCCUCGUGUUUCAAUGAAUUCAGAUACAUCAACGACAAAAAGUGCCAUCACAAUAACUGAUUCUACUUGUCCAAUAACUGUUUCACCUCCAAUAGUCAGUAUUAACACUGCUGUUUAUUAUACAAGAAAUGCACUUGUUGGAAAUAAUUAUAAUGACUGUGGUAACUGCAGUAGUAUAAAUUCUAUGAAUAAUAAAACAAAUGAUCCUAAUAUCUCUAAUUAUUACUGCUUUUGUCAUACUAACGCUUUGUAUGCUGAAAAUAAAUGUUAUCUUAAUGUAAAACAAUCACAGUCUACUAUGAUGAGUGAUAUUACCCAAGUAUUUAAUGAUAAUAAGUGUUGGUCUCCUUCUAUAACUAAUAUACUUCCAAAUGUUUCUUAUGAGAUUGAAGAGGAUGGUAAAAAUGGCAAAUUACACAGUUCAACACUAUCCUCAAAUUUCAACAAUGAAUUGAUUAGAUCGAAUCAAAAUGAAUGUGGUUACACUAGUGACGAAUGUGUUGAACAGAAAAGAAUUAACGAUGUUGACAACAUGGAUAAUGAUAAUAUACCUGGACAUAUUAUUGCAUGUCUUACAAAAGGUUGUUACUGUUUUUUUUGUCGCUUCAUUUCCAUAAUAGUAGUUUAAAUGUGUUAGCGUUUUUAUGGCAAGGUUGUUAUCUACGGGCUGGGUUUGCCCAACCCUCCUCCUUUACUCGGGCUUUGGACCGGCACUAACCCUAGAAGAGCUGCAGGCUACACACCAAAGAAAUACAGAUGAAGACAACCAGUGUAGUAACAGCCUCUGCAGCAGUAAGCCUCAAUAUACAUAAGGGAAAAAUCAAGAUCCUGAAAUACAACUCAGAGAACACUAACCCAAUCACACUCGAUAGAGAAAAUAUGGAAACUUCCACAUACCAUGGACAGCAUCACCGAUGAACAAGGAAGAUCUGAUGGAGAUGUGAAGUGAAGGAUUGGCAAAGCAAGGACGGCAAUCCUACAACUGGAGAACAUCUACGACUCAAAACAACUGUCUGUUGACCAACAUCAAAGUCUGAAUUUUCGAUGUAAACAUCAAGACGGUCCCAUUGUACGGAGCUGAAUCUUGGAGAACCACUACAACCAUCAUCAAAAUGGUACAGGUAUCUAUGAACAAUUGUCUAUACAAGGUACUUAGUGUUCAUUGGCCGGGUACCAUCAGCAACGGCAUAAUAUGGUAGAUAACGGAUCAGCUUCCAGCUGAAGUGGAAGGUAAGGAAAGACUUUGGAGGUGGAUAGGACAUACAUUACCGAAAUUAUCAGACUGCAUUAUGAGGCAGGCACUAACUUGGAGUCCUGAAAGCAAAAGGAAAAGUAGAAGACCAAAGAACAUUACGUCUGCAAUUGGAGGGUGAUAUCAAAAGAAUGAAUAGUAACUAGAACGGAUUGUCCAGGUUAGAGUUGGAUAGACAAUCCUUGUGGACACUCUUUGCUCCGCCUUGAGGAGUAACAGGUUAUGUUCCAGUCUAUUGGUCACAGCUUAUCCAAGUGUUAAUUUAUAUGAGGAGUUUCUACAAAUAUUGGAAAUUAUUCUAAAUCAUGUUGCUUUCACAGAACAACAAAAGAAACUUGUUUCGUUUUGGAAACAUCGUAUUAUUGUUGUAUAUGGUCAAUAUGUUACUCAUUCGUCUAAUUCAUCAAAGCCAAAAUCUGAUUUCCACUCUAAUAUUUAUCCUCGACAUAUCCCACUGGUAAAUCACCCAGACACUAGUCGCCUUCGUAAGUUACCAACUACUUUUGUUGGUCAAGAACAACGACUAGGUUCUCAUAUGGGCCAUAGAACUUUUCAUGCAAACACUCUCAUUCCUACUGUUUGUUUGCAUAAUACUCAGGACACUUCUUAUUUUACUCAAGAUGCCUCAGAUGCGGAUUAUGCUCGAAUAAAUAUGUCUUUAAAUAUCCCCUCAACCAUUGAAGCUUCACGACGACAUAGUGCUUCUGUUGGUGAUUCCCGAAAUUGCCUAGCUGUUGAGAGGCUAAACAACAGGCGUAGAAUGCCUAGUCCGAAUUCAUCAUGUUUUUCAGGAAGAGGUGGUAUGUCGGUGAAUCUUCCAUCAAAUAACUCGUCUUUUUCUCAUCACCUUCAAGCAUCUUCAGAUAUGGAAUUAUCUGGUUUCCCAUCACAGUUACCAAAACCACGCUUUCAUAGUCCAUCAAGAUUUGAUCCUUCAACUAGCGUAACUCCACGCAGAAAUUUAAUGCCCGUAGCGACAGCUCCUGUUACUAGAAUGCCUUCACCGUCAGAUGUUUGUCGUCAUGGUAUUUGUUAUAAUGAUUGGUUUUCUAAUAACAGAGGUGCAUUUCCAACGGCGCCUUCCCCAUCAAGUGUUUCACCAAUUUCGUUAUGUGAGGGAUCAUGCCCAGAAAAUGUAACUUCUGACACGCAGAUUAUACAGCAACUGCCUCGAACGCCAAACGUACCAACUUCAAUAUUACCAUACGAAAAUGCCUUUCACAAGACUUAUAGUUCAUGCUUAUGCACACCUACUAAUAAAGCAACCACACCUCAUACAUUGUUGCCUUUAAGUUCACCGAAUCAUUUAAAAAGCUUGCAUCAACAUAUUUUUCCUAAUUAUUGCGAAAAUUCUGGAAGUUUCCUAACUUCAAAUUAUCCAUCAAUCCCAUGUAUUCCUAAUCCUAUCGUAAUUGGAAAUGUUUAUCAUACAUUUGGUUCAUCAUUUGGAGAGAGUCCUUCACAAAGUGUUUGUCAUUCUAACUGUUCAACAACAAUAAGUUCAUCACAACAAACCGACUCAAAACUUCCUGGGAUUAGUUGUUGGUCGACUGAUCCCUAUUCACAUCAAAUUAAUCGAAGACAAACCGAAUAUCAUGAAAUGCCUCAAUGUAUGCAUAAUAUUUAUGAUUUAAAUAAUGAUAAUACCAAUGAUAAUAAUAGUAGUAAUAAUGAUUUGUUAGUGUUUGUGGAUAAUUAUAUCGCAACUGCAGAGAAUAACAUGAUCGGAGAUCCAUCAGAUUCGUCAAAUGAUCGAAUUAAUCGAGAUUUAGAUCUACUCACGCGUAAAGUAACGGAACAUGCUAUUGGAGGUAUGAAUUUCUCUUGUAUAUUUUUGUAAUGCUUUUUUUUCAAUCUUGUUCUAUGUUAUGAUUAAGUAUCUCCUAAGAUACACCGUUUAUUUUGUUAGUUUAAAAGACCAGAGUUAAAAUUAGUGCCAAACUGAUAAUAUAGUAUCUCUAUGAAAUCAUUGGAAUACCGUUGGAUAGGUAAUCCGUUUUUGAAUCACACUCACUGAAUAAUACCUUCCAUAGCUAAAUACACUUAUUGCUGAUAAGUGUCAACCAGUUUCGUCUACACAUUAAGUUUGUUAGUUUUUUAUUCGUUCAUUUAAUCAGAAAACGUUUUGCGUAUGUGUUAACCAAUUAUUGCUUAUGCCUGUUGCCCCUCGAGGAAGAGCAUAGCCGCCCACCAGCAUUCUCCAUCUAACUCUGCCCUGGACUAUCCUUUCCAGCUGCUAUUCAUUUUUUCAUGUAUACUUCCGAUUCCCGACGCAUUGUGUUCUCUGGCCUUCUUUUCCGCUUCCCUUCAGUAUUCCAUGCAAGAGGUUCUGGGCCUAAAGAAACACCAUCAUAAGGAGUGGAUCUCUAUAGAAACACUGGACAAGAUCAAAGAAAGGAAGAACAAGAAGGCAGCAAUAAACAACAGCCGAACACGAGCAGAGAAAGUCCAAGCACAAGCUGAAUACAUGGAAGCAAACAAGCAAGUGAAGAGGAGCAUUAGAGCCGACGGCAACGACGGCAGAAAAAGCUGUUAGAGAAGGAAAUAUGAAACAGCUUUACGAUACAACGAAGAAACUAUCAGGGAAAUACAGUAAACCAGAGAGACCGGUCAAAGACAAAGAAGGCAAGCCAAUCACUGAAAUUCAACAACAGCGGAACAGAUGGGUAGAAUACUUCGAGGAACUCCUGAAUAGGCUGGCUCCAAUGAAUCCAGUGGACAUCGAAGCAGCACACACAGAUCUUCCUAUAGAUGUCAACCCACCAACGACGGAAGAAAUCAGAAUGACCAUCAGACAAAUCAAGAGCGGGAAAGCAGCAGGACCCGACAACAUACCAGCUGAAGCACUGAAAUCAGACGUCGAAGUAACCACAAGCAUGCUUUACCUUCUAUUCAAAAAGAUUUGGGAGGGGGAACAAGUGCUGGUGGACUGGAAAGAAGAACACCUCGUCAAGAUUCCAAAGAAAGGAGAUCUGAGCAAAUGUGAAAACCACAGAGGCAUUACACUACUGUCAAUACCAGGGAAGGUCUUCAACAGAGUGUUGCUGAACCGGAUGAAGGAUGCAGUAGACGUCCAAAUUCGAGAUCAACAAGCUGGAUUCCGUGAGGAUCGAUCGUGCACAGACCAAAUUGUGACACUACGGAUCAUCGUCGAACAAUCAGUUGA